AUGUCUUCUGCAUUUCAUAUUCAUAUAGGAGGGGCUGGAGUAAUGAUUGGUGAUAUGUUAUGGUAACUGUAUGAAAAAGAAUAAAAUGAAACAACUGAGAAGAAUUAUAUUUAUGAUGAAGUCAAUGGGAAUCAUUAUCCAUUAGCACUUUUCGUAGAUACAGACGACAGAAUGAUACAUGAAGUCUAAAGGAAUAAAUCAGGCAAAUUUAAGAAGCAUUCAUUUUUACAUGGGAAAGAGGAUGCAUUAACUUAUACUCGAGGUUUUUAUACUGUUAGAAGAGGGAUUGCCGAUUAAGCAUUAGAAUAUAUUCGAAAACAAAUAGAAACGAUGGAUCGAUUAGAUGAAUUUGUGAUCACAAGUUCAAUCAGUGGAGGAACUGGGUCCGGAUUUUGUUGUUGGUUAGUUGAUGAGAUGAAUUGGAAUGGUGGUUACAGCAAAGUAAGAAAAAAUGGAUUUAUAAUUUUCCCAUCUUCAGAGAUGUCCAAUAAUAUUAUUGAUACGUAUAAUGCUGUGUUUUCGAUU